AUGCAAUCCUUGUUUGGCUUCCAUAAAACCCUAGAAGUGGUUACCGGCGGCGUACUUGUGUUGGCUGCAGAUGCAAUCGAAGCACGGAAAACAACCCACAACGAAGUCAAGAAGAAAGAUUGUAAGGCUGCGUAUUGCAUUCAGACGACGGUAGAUUCAACAAACUUCGACAGGAUUUCCAUUGUUGAAUCGGCGAAGGAGACAUGGGAUAUUCUGGUGAAGUAUUAUGAGAGAGAUGCAAUCGAAGCACGGAAAACAUCCCACAGCGAAGUCAAGAAGAAAGAUUGUAAGGCUGCGUAUUGCAUUCAGACGGCGGUAGAUUCAACAAACUUCGACAGGAUUUCUCAUGUUGAAUCGGCGAAGGAGACAUGGGAUAUUCUGGUGAAGUAUUAUGAGAGAGGUGAGAAAAUCAAGGUUUGGUCGUGGAAAAAGGAUGGUGGUUCCAAAAAAUUCAAAGGCAAAUUCGACAAGACUCAAGGCAAGAAGUCUUGGUCGAACCCUCACAAGCAUCAUGUUGAUGAUAGAGCUUCUGAAUCCUCAAAAAGAGGAAGAGGGAACUAUCGAAAGGACAAAGAAGAUAAAAAAGGUGUGCAGUGCUAUAAUUGUGAAAAAUGGGGUCACAUGUCCAAACAUUGUUGGUAUAGGAAAAAUAAUGGAUCAACAAAAGGCAAGAACGAAGGAGCGAACCUUGCACGCCAAGAUUCAGAUGAUUCUGAAGGUGGUAUGGUGGUUAUGGCUGCAGUUGCAGAUAACCACGUCGAAUCCAAAAUGUGGUUUCUCGACUCAGGCUGCUCGAAUCACAUGACUGAUCACAAGGCAUGGUUAGUUGAUUUUGACGAGUCAAAGAAGAGCAAGGUAAAACUUGCUGAUAACAAUUCGUUGCAAGUAGAAGGUACGAGCAACAUAGUUCUUCAAUUGAGCAAUGGAGAAAAGACUAUGAUCAAAGAUGUGUUCUAUGUACCUGGAAUGAAGUGCAACUUGCUAAUUGUUUGA